GGCUAAUGCAAUCAGCUUUUCCUUUUUUCAAUGAAUGGUUCGGGAAGAUGUGUGGGCGCAUGUGUUAAAGUUGUAGUUUGGUGUUCGGCGCCAUGCGGUGUCUGCAGUUGUCUCUUGGGAUUUUACAUGUUUUUAUUCUGUUUCUGUUUACUGUGUGCUGGGGCGGUAGCUCAGCAGAUGCACGCUGGAAAAAAAUCCUUGUUCAAAUUGAUGAGGCGGUGAAGAACUACAGGCCUUGCGUGAAAGAUAACUGUGAGUGCUAUCAAAGAGUUAGGGAACAAGAUUUGGCUCCUUUUCAAAAUGGAAUCUCUGAGGUGUUGCUGUCAGAAGCAAUCAGUCGAAAGCUUGGGACGCACUACCAGAUCAUUGAGAAGAAGUUGUACCGGGAGCAUGAUUGCAUGUUCCCUGCAAGAUGUAGUGGAGUUGAGCACUUCAUUUUAGAAAUUAUUCAGAACCUUCCUGAUAUGGAGAUGGUCAUCAAUGUGAGGGAUUACCCCCAGGUGCCCAAAUUUAUGAAACCAAGAGUGCCUGUUUUAUCUUUUAGCAAGACUUCAGAAUACUAUGAUAUUAUGUACCCUGCCUGGACAUUUUGGGAAGGGGGGCCAGCUGUUUGGCCAAUAUAUCCUACAGGCCUUGGGCGUUGGGACCUAAUGAGAGAAAGCCUCCAAAGCUCAGCAGAAAAAUGGCCCUGGAAGAAAAAAAAAUCCAAAGCCUAUUUUCGAGGAUCCCGGACAAGUGCAGAGCGGGAUCCUCUCAUUCUUCUUUCUCGGGAGAAUCCAGAUCUUGUUGAUGCAGAGUACACUAAGAACCAAGCUUGGAAAUCUGAAAAAGAUACUCUUGGGAGACCACCUGCAACAGAAGUUCCACUAGCAGACCAUUGUAAAUUCAAAUACCUCUUCAAUUUUCGAGGAGUAGCAGCCAGUUUUCGCUUCAAACACCUUUUCCUGUGUGGCUCUUUGAUUUUUCAUGUUGGAGAAGACUGGCAAGAAUUCUUCUAUCCACAACUGAAACCUUGGGUUCACUAUAUCCCAGUUCAGUCUGAUCUUUCUAAUGUGAGAGAGCUAUUGGAAUUUGUAAGAGAAAAUGAUGAUGUUGCUCAAAGUAUUUCCGAGAGCAGCUGGCACUUCCAAGACUACAUCAAUUCAAGUUAUAUGUAUAAGUCUGGCUUUGAUUUUUAAAUAAGCACUCAAAUUUUAGGAAUAAGUCAUUAAAUUAUAGUUUAAGGACUUAUUACUACUAUUAUUACUACUAUGCCCCAGGGCUGUGUUCUGGGCCCAGUGCUCUUCAAAAUCUUCAUCAGUGAUUUGGAUGAGGGGAUAAAUGGGGAACUCAUCAAAUUUGCAGGCGACACCAAGCUGGCAGGAAUAGCCAAUAUUCCAGAAGAUAGGCUUAAGAUACAGAAGGAUCUUGACACACUUGAACGUUGAAUGCUAUCUUAAAAAAUGAAAUUCAAUAGUGAAAAAGUAAGGUUAUAUAUUUAGGCAAGAAAAGCCAAAUGCACAGGUAUAGUAUAAGUGGUACCUUGCUCAAUAGUAAUAAUGUGAGAGAGAU